AGAUGCAAGUCUUCUUCGGUGGCAGCCUUCUCUUUUAUUAAUGAAAGGCCCCUUUGAUUGACCCCAUUUUAUUUUUCAUCAAAUUCUUUGUAAACAGUCUUCAUUUUCCCCUUUUUCUUUACAAACUGCGACUAAAUUAUCUUCCUAAAAACAAACAGAGCCUUAGUUCAUCUCUGUCUCUGUUACUGCAAAAACACUCUCCAACAAAAACGGUUCAUGAAAUUCAUAUUGUUUCUGUAGCCAAAAUCAUUCUUUUCUAUCAGAACAACACAUUGUUUAUCUAGUCAGGAAGUUGGAUCGGGAAUUGGGUUUGGAGCUCCAAUAGAGGAAGUGGAUGGUGUGAUUUUAAAUUGAACAAUUUGAUCUUAUGGAUAGCUUGUGCUGCUUUGGUACUUCCUGCUCCCAGCUUGUAGGAGGACGAUCAUCAUCAAGCUCUGGUAAGGGAAAAAGCCAUGAUGGCAUAAUCAAGUAUGGUUUUAGUCUAAUGAAAGGGAAAGCUAAUCAUCCCAUGGAAGAUUAUCAUGUUGCGCAGUUUGUGCAGAGUCAAGAACACGAGUUAGGGCUUUUUGCUAUUUAUGAUGGACAUUUGGGAGAUGCUGUACCUUCAUAUCUGCAAAAGCAUUUGUUCUCCAAUAUCCUACAGGAGGAAGGGUUCUGGGUUGACCCGAACAGGUCUAUCUCAAAAGCAUAUGAGAGAACAGACCAGGCAAUUCUCUCUCACAGUCCUGACUUGGGGCGUGGUGGAUCUACUGCUGUGACCGCAAUUCUCAUAAAUGGUCAAAGAUUAUGGAUAGCUAAUGUUGGAGAUUCAAGAGCUGUACUUUCAAAAGGGGGUCACGCUAUUCAAAUGACUACAGAUCAUGAGCCUAACACCGAACGGGGAAGCAUAGAGCACAGGGGAGGCUUUGUCUCAAACCUGCCAGGAGAUGUCCCUAGAGUUAACGGGCAGCUGGCAGUUUCUCGGGCGUUUGGAGACAAGAGCCUUAAAUUACAUCUGCGAUCAGAUCCUGAUGUACGAGAUGGCAACAUAGACAAUAGCACAGAUGUCUUAAUCCUGGCAAGUGAUGGCCUUUGGAAGGUGGUCUCAAAUGAAGAGGCUGUUAACAUUGCAAAGAGAAUUAAAGACCCACAGAAAGCAGCUAAGCAGUUAACAGCUGAAGCAUUAAAAAGAGAGAGUAAAGAUGAUAUAUCAUGCGUCGUCGUUAGAUUUAGAGGAUAAAGCUUUUUUGAUGAUAUUAUUAUUAUUAUCAUCCAGGUGUCACGUAUAUAUAUCAUGAGAGUUCCUUUACACAUUAGACAAAAACAACAAUACAUACUUGGUUGGUGGUACCGGUUGAGGAGUUUUUCGUUGUUCGGAAAUUCGUCAAAGGAUGAGGAAGCAUAGGAUGGUUCCGUUCGCCACCCUCUGUGAAUUUGUUUAUUUGAUUAGGUUCUGGUGUAUGAUUUUGUUUCAUUUCUUUUUUGAAUUAAAUUAGAAAAUUUGUGUACAUUAUUAUCAUGUAAUCUGCAAAAGAUCUUGUAAUUUUGUUUUGUUAAGAAUAUGGUUCUUGAGUGCCGAGUGAA